AUGCAAUUUAUAAAAUAAGACAGCCUUGAUCUAUAUGACUUUGAUUUAGAAUAAAAUUCAGAAAUUAGUUUCAUGUAUGCAGAACAUCAUCUUAAUUUACAAUCAAGAAUAGGUGUUGAUAAAUUCUAUUAAAAUCUUUAAAGUUCUAUAACAAUGUUAAACUAAAUUUUGGGGUUAGCUUAAAACAUUAUUACAAAUUAUAGUAAUUAAGAAAAUUUAUGCAAUAAAGCAAUUCAUUUAAUUUCUAUUGCUUCAGAUGGAUUAAUGCAAGUUGAAUAAAUAUUUUCUUUGAUAGAAUAAAAAGAAAUUCGAAUCGAUUAUAAACAAUCGUUUUAAAAAAUAAACUCUUAUACAACAAAUAUGGUUCUCGAUUAUUUAAAUAAUUUUAUCUUAAACAAUAUUUUAGAAUAAAUAAACUAAUUAUCCUCAUUAGAUAAAUAGUAAACAAGAAAGCUUUCGAUUUAUUGUUCUAAAUUAUAAUCCUGUAUAGAAAUUUUGCCUGGUGCUUUAGUUAUGAAUUAAGAUGAUCUUUUUUCUGUUAGCGAGUAACAUUAAUUUUGGUAAUAAUUAAAAAAUUUUAUACAAAAAAAGUAUUUAGCUGAUCAUAAAUAAAUAAAAUAAUCAUAUGAUAGAGUUUGUGAAGGAAUUCUUCUUGCAAAUGCAAUGAUUUCAAAAGGAUCAGAAUAUUAAGGUGAAAUAAAACAAAAAUUUAUGUAAGGUCUUGGAUUUUUAUUUUAUGCUUUGAAUAAGUAAAAAAUGAAAAGUAGAGCAAACCAUUUUUUAGCUGAACCAAAAAAAGAAUAUGUUUUUUAAACUUGGAAUUUAACUGAAUAAGGUUUAAUAAAAAUGCUCUUACCUGCAAUAUUUCCUUCAAUUUAAUUUAAUUAAAAGAUAUAUAUUCCAAGAUAUUUUAGAAGCAUUUCAAGUGAAUAUAUUUUAAAACAAUAUAAAAAAUCCACUAUAAAUAAAAUCAAUAAUGAUUGUGGUUUAUAUUAUCCAGAAAAUAAAAUAACUUUGGAUGAUUUAUUAAUGAAAAAUUAAAGAUUAGAGAGAGUAUAAGUUAGAAUUCUUUGUUAUGAGACAUUAAAAUGUAAAAGGCAAUCUCUAUUUUAAUAAAUAAUUGGAUAAUUUUAAAAAAAUGAUACAAUUUUUGAUAAAAUAAUAAUUCAUAUACGUAUGUAUCUUUAUUUAUUUUAUAAAGAUGGAGGUGGAUUUGUAGCAAUGUCAUCUAGAUCUCAUCAAACAUAUACAAGAAAAUGGGCAAAUACAUUGAAAGUGCCAAUUUUUUCAAUAGAUUACAGAAUGGCACCUGAACAUCCAUAUCCAGCAGGAUUAGAUGAUUGUUGGUAAGUCUAUAUGUUUAUACUAACAUUCAUUGAAAAAUAUUAUAAUAUAGUACCAAAUAAAGUAGUAUUAGUUGGAGAUAGUGCAGGAGGUAAUCUUGUUGCUGCUUUAACUAUUUAAGCUAUUAAAGCAGGGGUUAGAAUUCCAGAUGGUAUAUUACUAGCAUAUCCAGCAUUAUCUUUAGACAUAAAACAAUUUACUCCAAGUUUUUUAGUAUCAUUAGAUGAUUCUUGUAUGAAUUUAUUUUCUAUAAAGUGCUGCAUCAUACAGUUUUAAAGUUAUGUUUAAAUUCAUACAUUAAAAAAGAAUUCAAUGCUAUCUUAGAUCCUAUGUUAUCACCAUCAAAAGCUCAUGAUGAUAUUUUGAAAAGAUUUCCUAAAACUAGAAUUUAAGUUGGAACUUAUGAUCCUUUACAUGAUGAAAGCUUUAGACUUUUAUAAAGAUUAAUUAAAUUAAACAAAGAUGCAAGAUUGAUUGAAUAUUAGUCAAUGCCACAUGGAUUUUUAUCAUUUGAUGUUUUAAAUGGUAUGAGUGAAGCCAAAUAAACAGUAAUUGAUGCUUAAAAUAUUUUAUAUGAACUGCUUUAAUGA